AUGAGGCUCCGAAUCGCUUCAGGCGUCAUUGUAGCAGUGGCCUCCUUGGCUGUUAGUGAGAGGCCUGCGCUUUCACCCAAGAUCUUCGGCGUCGACCCCUCGGGGGCCCCUCCCUUGUUCAACCCUCCUGAGUUCGCGCCUGCCCUGGGAGGUAACGCAUUUGAUCCAGAAAAUGUGGCUGAUAAGACUCUCUGGGACAAAUACCUCAAGAAGGGAGACCACAUGAUGUGUUUGAUGGAGGCUACGGACGCAGGCGCAGGAUGGCUAGAGAAGGAUCCCAGAAAACCACCUUCAGCCGCGAGCAAGUGGACGGGUGAUCUUAGAGCUGAACUCCAAAAAUGGUUCUGGCACGAGUCGCAGUACGACAAGGGCUGGGAAUGUGAUUUCGAGGGCAUGGGACUCAAGACGACGUUUGAAGGUCUCGGUCUCAACUCACAAUCAAAGUACGACGAUGAGGGUGAUCCACAAGCCGGGAGCAACGACUGCUAUUCAAUUCAACAUUAUGACGAAUACUGGGUUGCAGACCCUGAUGACGAAUGGGGCCAGACGAUUCCUAUCAAGGACCAGAAGUACAGAGCCGACGGUAAGGAGUAUACAGUACGUCAAAUCUAUAUGCACAGGCAGGUACAACAGCCUACAUCGGGACAGAAUACUAACAAGACACGACAGGCCACAGCCGGCGUCUACCAGUUCGCUAUCAACCAUGAUGGAGGUCUCAUUGCCAAGAACAUCGAGAGCCCACGCCAUGCCGUUCUUAGUCCGAUGUCUUGGGGUCGUAGUGCCAACCCUGGAGAGCUUCCUGCAAUCGAAUUCGCGUCUGACGUCUUCUGGGCAUAUUGGGUCCGCGAUAACCCCAAUGUCAAGAACUUCCGGGUCUAUGGCGCUCACAAUGUCAUCAAUACGGACACAACUCUUUUGGUAGCUCGAGCCUUGAAGAAUGUCGGCACAAAUAAAUUGUCCGUCUGGCCGGGUAACGUCUUCAAUAUUGGGAGCGAGGAGUUCCGAGUCCUGAUCGGCUCACCCAUAGGCGCCACAGCUGGUCACUUGCUUGCAGCACACAAGGCCGAACUUGGAAUCAAGAGGAUCACUAAAGUGACUGUAGUCAAGAAUGAGAAAUCGCCAUUCAAAAAUCGACGCCUUCAAGAUGAUUUACACAUAUUCUUCAGUAUUGGAGAUGUACCACCAGCUGAGGUGACCAGACCGGAUGAGCCGGUAGGCGUGAUGGACAGCCGAAUCGCCAGUGUCAGGAAGCGAGGGAAGAACGUAAUCAGGGUGCAUACUGUAAUGGCUUAG